AUUAUGGUUUGGUCACAUUGAAACAUUUGGUGCCCUUCUAAAAGCAUCCAAAAGCAAAAGGUGUCUGCUUAGAGGUUCUGUCAGAAAGGUUCAUAAUUACCGCAUUUGUGUUUAAGGUAGUAUUGAACUUCUUUUCAGAGUUUGAGAGGGCAUCUGCAUUUAUUAUUAUUUAUUAUUAAGACCGAACCAAAGUCUGACGAUUCAACGAAUCUAACGCGCUUACACACACACACACACACACACACACACACACACGAAACAACAAAAGAAGAUGAGUACAUACACUGCUGAUCUUCGCAGGACAGCUCAAGACUCACAGCACUAUUCUACUUUAAGGACCCUCUUUAUCACAAUUAUCAUUUUUGUACUCAUGUUUGUACUUUAUUUCCUUACUCAAGAAAAACAAAUUAAUAAUGUCAAGCCUGCCUAUUUUUACCCUCACUGGAAAAAGAAGCAGCCACCCUUGAUGGCAUGCGGUGUGCCAGUAGAAAAUGACCCAAUCGUUAAAGUCACCAAUCUUAAAGCAUAUAUGGUCGGCUCGUACGUUGAGCACCGCCAGAAGGUGAAACAGAUACGGACAAUUGCUAUAGUGCUUCGCAGUGAAAACACAGGGUAUCAGUGCAUACUGUGCUGCAAUGGAAGAACUGUGUCAGUAUCUGCUACCCACAGCAUUCACUCUGACCACUUUGGCUUUGAAUACGGCACUGCUGAUAUUUUUUGCAAAGUACCAGAAAAGUGUCCAACACCAACACAUGUGGCUAUCACCUCCCGAUCAGUUAAAGAGAAUAAAACCUUGCAGGACAUUCACGCCUUCCAACCUAUUAGGAAUCAGAAGAAACUGGAAGUCUUUCCCUAUGAAUUCACAGUUUGCAUUUCUGCCAUGUAUGAUUAUGUGGAUGUUUUAAUGCUUGUGCAGGCCAUGGAGAUGUUCAAGAUACUUGGCGUCCAAAGGGUAGCUAUUUACAAAACCAGCUGCCAUCCUGUUACGCAGAAGGUCCUGGAUUAUUACGUCAGUCAGAACUUUGUGGAGAUCAUCCCCUGGCGUAUAUCGUCCUACAUUAAUGUGUCCAGAGGUUGGAAGAAGUCAGUCUCACCUGGGGAGUUACACUACUUCGGACAAAUUGCGGCACUUAAUGACUGUGUGUAUCGUUACAUGUACCAGAGUCACUAUGUAGCUCUUCAAGAUUUGGAUGAAUUCAUUCUGCCUAUUAACCUCAAAAACUGGACAGAACUCCUGCCUGAAUUGGAGAGGAAAUACAAUCACAAUGUGGGCUUUGAGUUUGAAAAUAAUUUUUUUCCUGUUUACAUGAAAGAUCCAAAACCAGGAAAAAACACAUAUUCACCAGACUCCUGGAAGAAGGUUAAUGGUUUAAACAUUUUAGAAUAUGUUUAUAGGAUAAGCAAUGAUCCUACAAUGUUCAAUAAUUUCAAAGUCAUUGUAAAUCCUCGUCUAGUGUUUGAGGCUACAGUCCAUGGAUUGUUGCAAUCAUUGAAGGGGACUGUAAGAGUGGACCAUGAAAUUGCUCGCAUGUAUCACAUAAAGAACUUCCAGAAAAAAGUUGUGGGAGAACGUUCCUACAUAUUGGACACGCAUCUCAGGGACUAUGCAGACAGACUGAUACCUGCUGUUUCUAACGUGCUUCAGAAAGUGCUGGGCAUUUAGUAAAGUAUAAAACACAUUUGUGAUGAGCCAAAGAACUAUAUGUGAAAAGUAUGGUAAUGAUAUGGUAUGUGUAAUUGGGAAAUUUUAUAUAAACAUGCCAGGACAUUAUCUAAAAAUACCAAAUGCACUCUACAAGAUUUAGCUGUAAAACAUUUUAGCUGAAUUGUGCAAGACAGGAAGCAGUGUGCUUCCAGUAACAAUUAUUUCACUGUCAUUUCCCCUUUCCAUUUUUGCACAGGAAACCUUCCACCAGGAGAACCUAAAAUUUAAACUUUUCUCUAAGCAUUUGAUUCAGGAAGGUGAAAAUGUUCAGCAUGUUGUCACACCCCACAAAGGUGCACUGGCACAAAAAAACAAAGCCUACAAAAAUUGCUAUUUGCUUAGUCAAAUUUCAACUUUUUUUUAUCCUAAUUAUUAUUUUAAUAAAUUUAUUUUCAGCUGUUGAUUGCUGUCAGUUUUAAUUACUACAGAUUCCAUGUGAAUAGUACUUAUGUUGGCAGUUGACAGCAUCACAUAAGUAGGCAGCACCAAUGGAAGGAGAUAAUCACAAUCUUCAGCAAUCGUCCCAGACAUCUGUGCUGAGAAAAGCAGGCCUCUGGUUAGCAUACCUGUAAGCUGCAAUAGUAGGGUAUAAUUUAAGGACAGACAGGCUAAUAUUACUCCAGUAGUGGUAAUCAAGCAACUUGCCAUAUUGCUAUUUUAACAAAUGGUAUGUAAUUGUAAGCCAAAUCUGAACAUAUUUUUAUAAUGGCUUUUUAUGACAAUUAGAGUCAAUUGUAAUUACAGAGAUUACAAUUAAGGUUUUAAAGGCUUUUGUACACAAAUUGCAAACAAAUUUUUGGACAGGAAUCAGUUUGACAGGAAUAAAUAGCCAUAUCCAUAAAUAGAUGUCCAAUAUACAUCCCUGUAAUGCAUUUAAAUCCUCACUUGUACAACAGCAAAAGCAGUGAAAAGCAUCCUACACAGGGUAAUAGGGAACAGGGAGUGUAUCCCAGGGGACACAGGGACAAAGCAGGGGACACAAUACAUGGGGUACACACACACACACACACACACAGACACUAUAGACAAUUUAGAGAUGCCAGGGAAGAGAUCAGCAGAGGCUUCAUAUUGGAUGAAUCAUAUACGGGUUUCAAUGAUAAUUUCUGAUACAUGUUCGAAACAAAGUCUGCUAUUUAAUAAUGUAUUUCUGUGUGGAUAAUCCCAGUUCCACCCAGAUCUCAGACAUACCUGUAUCCAGGAUUAACAGACUUCCUUUGAGCUUUAGCAGCAUUGCUGUAAAUAGAGCAUUGGAUUUUUUUGACCUGACCUACUGCUGUCUGUACUAUAAAAUUGCCCAUAAGCAUUCCUACUACUGGUUGCCAUAGUAAUAAUGUUUAUCAGGGGAUGGUGCAACUAACAUUCCAAAUCAGUUUUCUUGCUGAUAAAAUAAAUUAUUCUAGGGGGAGUGUGUCUGUAUGCAAAAUUCACCAGUGUUUAAAUGCCUCAUAUCAUACUAUAUAAAGAAGACCCGUUGCUGGAAAUGUCCACAUGCAGUCAGCAGCAGUCUGCCAAAAACAUUUUUUCAACACAUUUGUAUCAUGCAUCUGAAUUUAGUAUGCACUGUUGUUGAAGUGCUGGAGAAGAAUCUUAAAAAUAGUAGCCUUUUAUGCAUAAAGUUCACUCACAGGCCUCAUUAAUAUGCUAUUAAUGUGCUUAUCCCGGGACUUAUUGACGAUUUGCUUGUACCGAACAUCCUUUCAACAUAUUUUUCAAUGUUUGCCUUUACCCUGGUUCCGUUCUUUUCUUUAGUUCAAGUCAGAAGAUUUGUCUUUGCUACUGUCAUCUGAAGGUUUUCUCAAUAGGGAUCCAGAAAUAAAACUGAUUUAAACAAAUUCA